AUGCUGAGGGCAAAAUCUCAACGGGCAUCGAAAUCAAGAAGCCCAUAUGCUACACAACCGGCGUCCCGUGUGUCUUCAAAAAGUGUAUUGGCCCGGGGGCGAACAAGCCAUGAGGUCGGACAAGCGUCCACAACGGGACAGUCUACAAGGGUUACUCAGCCUCCAUCUACCGCUUCAUCAUCGUCGGUGCGGACAACACAAAUAGAUGGGGAAUCUCUUCAACAGUCGCUCGGUAUCAACAUUCCCUCUGUACCAGUGAAUGCGAGUCCUGUUGCUAAUAUCGUGCCCGUCGCGGAGAUGGCAUCAUCAUCGGGGGCAUCAAUAAAUCAAGGAACCAGCAACUGCAAAAUUCUGGACAACAAAAUACCAGGUCAGAGCAACGCAUGUGGCAGGAAAAUACAACGAUAUAGCAGAUGCUAUUUCUCGUUUUCAGUGGGCAAGAUUUCGACAGUUGGCCCCAUCAGCAGAGAAGUUUCCUUCCCCAAUUCCUACUCAAUUUUGGGAAAUCAUUCAGCUACUAUAGAUCAGCUAUUAGAAGCGAGCAUAUCUGAAAAUUCAAACUCUUUGUGGAUUAUUGGUUCAUCAAAUGUUCACUGGGCACAACAAUAUGCAGAAAACACCAAUCAGUUAGACCUUGGUUUGAAGCAGUUUGCUAUCAUAUGGAAUGGUAAAAUGGGGAUGGUUUGGGAGAAUUUGUCUUCAGUUGUUGCAAGAAUGUCGAAAUCUAGCCCUCCAUCUAUUUUGAUUCUACAUUGUGGAGGUAAUAACAUAGGAUAUCCUCAAAAUACCCUUAAAGGCAUCCAAAAAUUUAUGAAACGUACGUUAGCACAAUUAGGUCAAGAUCUGCCAAAUACACUAAUUGUAUGGUCCCAUAUUUUACCUCACGGCAAUUGGAGAAAGUCAUUGUCAAAUUUUGAAGGUGAAAAAGUAAAAAAGAGAAUUAAUAGUGCAAUUGCAACUUUUGUUCUAAACCAACUUCAUGGUGCCUCCAUUAAAUACCCUGAUAUUCAGGUAUCUUACAAGAGGCUAUUUAGAAUAGAUAGGGUACACUUGUCAGAUCUAGGAAAUAGUAUUCUCAUCAACACUUGGAAAAAUGCUAUCGUGCAAUUCGUCACUACAUCUACUCGAACUUACCCUUGA